UCCUCCAGGCUGCUUCGAGGCGCUGAGGUGCGCCCAGCGCGGCUCUCCUCUCUCCGGGUGGAGGCCGGGUAGUUCCGACGCUGAGAGGCAGGUGUUUGAACAGACUGAGAAAGAGGAAGAAAAGGGAGAAAGAAACAUCAGUGUCUGAGAGGAACAUCUAUCAGUUGCCUCCCCCACACACUGGAUCAGAGACUGAACCCACAACCCAGGUAUGUGUUCUGACCAGGAAACGAACCCACAACCCUUCGGUUAUGCGAGGAUGUUUUAACCAACUGAUCCAUGCUGGCCGGGGCAGGACUCUGCCUGUUUCUAUGCGAGAAAUACUGAAGAAGAAAGGAUGGUGGCUGGAUUUCCAGCAACCUGGGUACAGGCAUCAGUGACCUUUAAAGAUGUGGCUGUGGAGUUCACGCAGGAGGAGUGGAUGAUGCUAGACUCCACUCAGAGAAGUAUGUACAGAGAUGUAAUGUUGGAAAACUACAUAAAUGUCACCUCAGUGGCCUAUCAAUUAUGCAGGCCUUCUGUGAUCUCCCAGUUGGGACAAGAAGAGAUAAGAACUAUGAAAAGGAGAAUACCCAAAGGCACCUAUCUAGAUUGGGAGAUUCAAAUUACAACCAAAGAGUCAACUCUAAAGCAGAAUAUUUUGGGGGGGAAAACAUCCAAUGGUAAAAUGGUAAGAUUCACAAUGGGUGAUUGGUCUUCCACAUUAAUACAAGACUGGGAAUGCCACAAGACCAGAAAACAGCACAAGACCCCAGAGGGUAAUUUGAAGCAAAUGACAUCUACCCAAAAGAAAACAGCAUAUCAGGAGAGAUUCUAUGACUGUCAUGAAUUAGAAGAAAACUCUAAACUUAGAUCAAAACUUGCUUUUUCAAACAGAGUUUCCAUCAGCAAACAUUGCCGUCAAUGUUACUUAACUAUUGAGUGUUUGAAGCAUAAAUCAGUCCUAAAGAAUAAUGAGAACUCUGUGACUGAGAAGUUCUAUGAAAGUCAUGAAUAUGAUAGAUGGCAUCUUGAAAGAGCCCAAACAGCACAAAAAGAGUACGCAUACUCCAAACAUGGUAUAUAUUUCAAAUGUAAUAUGCUUCCUAUACAAAACAAUUUUGAUAUGGUGGAAAAUUCCUAUGAAUGUAAUAAAAACAAAACUUUUAGUCAUCAUUCACCCCUUAAGCAAAAGGAGCAGCCUCCUACUGGAGAGAAAUAUGAAUGUAGCCAGUGUGAAAAACCCUUCAGAAGGAUUUCUAAUCUUAUUUUGCACAAAAGAAGUCACAGGGGCGAGAAGCAAUGUGAAUGUAAAGAAUGUGGAAAAGUCUUCACUGAUUCUUCAACCCUAAAGAGACACAUACGAACUCACACGGGUGAGAAACCCUAUGAGUGUCAUCAGUGUGGGAAAGCUUUCAGUCAAAAAACAUCUCUUAAGGCCCACGUGAGAACUCACACUGGAGAAAAACCUUACGAGUGCAAUCAUUGUGGAAAGUCUUUUGGAACAAGUUCUUACCUUAUAGUGCACAAGAGAAUACACACUGGGGUGAAACUCUACAAAUGCAGCGACUGUGGAAAAGCCUUCAACACGAGUUCUCACCUUACAGUUCACAAGAAAAUACACACUGGAGAAAACCUUUAUGAGUGCAAAGACUGUGGGAAAGUUUUUAGUGGUCUCUCAUCCCUCAGAAUGCAUGUGAGAACUCACACUGGGGAAAAACCCUAUGAAUGUAAGGAGUGCAGGAAAACCUUCAGUGUUUCCUCUUCCCUUAGGAGACAUGUGAGAACUCACACAGGAGAGAAACCCUAUGAAUGUAUUCAGUGUGGCAAAGCCUUCAGUCAGAAUUCUUCACUUACCAUACACAAGAAAACUCAUACAAGGAGAGAAUCCCUGUAAGUGUUUCAAAUGUGGAGUCGUCACCUUUUUCAUUGUCUUAAGGUGGACCAGUUUCACUAUUUCAGUCUUUGUUCUCUAAAAUAAGCACUUAAAGCUACAUAUGUAGUCCUUUAAAAAUUCCUUUGUCUAUGUAACACAUAUUGCUGUAUGUUGAUUUUCUCUUAAUUCUACUUGUCUAAUAUUUAUUACAACUUUUUGACCCAUAGCUAUUUAGAAUUAUGAUUUUGUAAUGUGGCGUAAGGUUUUCAGUUACCUUCUCAUUGAUUUGUAAAUUUAAUAAUGCAUUACAUGUAGAAUAUCUGGACUAUAGUACUUUAUUAGUAUUUUCUGGAGAGUUACUUUCUGCACUGCUGUGGCAGAUACUGCUGUAACCAAUUAAACAAGGUCAUACUUCCAUCCUGAUGACCCUGUUUCGGCUCAUAGGACCAGUAUGCCCAGUUACACAACUUCUCAGCCUCCUUACAGCCAAGUGUAGCCAUAUCCCUCAUUCCAGAUUACCCCAAAAUAGACGGUGUCAUUAGUGACAGAUCUGUUUGUUCUUUUUGCCUUCUUGCGUUUCCCAUUCCUCUCCCUUUAAAUUUUCCAUUCCUAGAGCUGAAGGAACCAUCCUGUCCCUAUGGCUUAUGGAUGGAGUAGAAUAAAGAUGCUAAUUCCUCAAAGACAUCUUUAAAUAGUUGGACCAGCACUGUACUGAUGUAUCUGGACAUCUUUUUAGGUGGGAAAAAUAAGCUUCUUGAUUAUCUUCACAGCAGUAUAUGAGAUAUAGUAAUGUUAUUAAAAAAUAAAAGACUGCAGCCCUGACUGGUGUAGCUCAGUGGAUUGAGUGUGGGUCCGAGAACCAAAGCAUCACUAGUUCGAUUCCCAAUCAGGGCACAUGCCUGGGUUGUGGGCCACGUCCCCACACAGUAGGGGGUUGCGAAAGGCAACCGCACAUUGAUGUUUCAUUCCCUCUCUUCUCCUUCCCUUCCCCUCUAAAAAUAAAUAAAAUCUUUAAAUAAAUAAAUAAAAGACUGCAGAUCCACAGGCAUGUACAGUUGAAUAUUCUAUGUCCAAUAUACAAAUAUAGUCCUUGUAUGAGAUUAUCUUAAGUGGUACUCAGAAAAGGGGGUUGAGCUCUGCUUGCUUGGGGAUUGAAGUUUAUGUACAAAUUUUGACCUACAAAAUCUUGGCAGGCCAGCAGCUGCAGAUUCAGGCUCAGUCUCAACCAACACACUGGAUGCUACUGUAACCGCCGCAUCACUGGUUUCUCUGACUUGGAUCUUACUUUGUUCCAGGAUGUUUUCUAUGCAGCUUCCA